CAGGCUGCAGGGACAUGCGCUCCGAGACACUCUCACUAUGCUGGGGAGCGUCUGACGCCACCAUGGGACUUAUCACGUCCAACUUUAAAGAGUUGCUGCAAUAAACCCACACUUGUUUUCUUUCAUUUUUUUUAUUUUUUUUUUUGCGUGUCUUCUCUCACGCAGGAUGUAAAGACCGACGAGACUUGGUAAGAAGUCUCCGAUGAGAGCCACCUCCUUUCCGCCACGACACACACAAAGAGAAGCAGGCGGCAAGUUCUUUCCCCCCCGCUCCCCCUGCCACGCACCCACGCCGGCGUCGUCCCGGAUGUCAUAGCGGGGCCGUGAAAGCCACCAUGGAUCACUUUGCAGCGGAGUGCCUUGUCUCCAUGUCCAGCCGCGCGGUCGUCCACAGCCGCGAGGCGAAGCCGGAGAGCCCCUCGCCGGAGGAGCCGCCGGUGAAGGACAACUCGUCCCUGUACGUGGUGGCCAGGAUCCUGGCGGAUUUUAACCAGCAGACCCCCGGCAGCGGCGGCGGCGAGCAGCCGAGGGGCAAGGCGGAGAGCGCGGCGAGCCAGAGGGAGGAUGGCGGCCGCGCCACACCUACCGCCGCCCCGCAGCCCUCGCUUUGUUUCCCGGACCCCACGCUCAGACAAAGGGGCAAGAGGUCGCGGGGUCGCCACGAGCCGCCGGAGUCCCCGCAGAAGAAGCACAAAUGUCACUACUCGGGCUGCGAGAAAGUUUACGGCAAAUCCUCGCACCUGAAAGCGCACCUGAGGACGCACACAGGAGAGCGUCCCUUCCCGUGUACUUGGCCCGACUGCAGUAAGAAGUUUGCCCGCUCCGACGAGCUGGCCCGCCACUACCGCACCCACACGGGCGAGAAGAAGUUCGGCUGCCCGCUCUGCGACAAGCGCUUCAUGCGCAGCGACCACCUGAUGAAGCACGCCCGCCGCCACUCCAACUUCCAACCGGGCAUGCUCAAGAGGCCCCUCGGCGCCGUCGGCGUGGGCGUGGGCGCCCCCCGUCCCAGCUCCCUCAGCGACUACAGCCGCUCGGAUGCCUCCAGCCCCACCCUCAGCCCCACCCUCAGCCCCGCCCUCAGCCCCGCCAACUCGCCUUAAACUGAACACACACACAAAAAAAAGAAAUCGCACUUUCUGCCUCCAAUGCGGCGAGUUUUUUGUUUUUUUGGACUCCUAGUAACACUCGUGUUGCACACUUCUGUCAGCGGCGACGCCCCCACC